GUUGACUGUCAUGUUGACAUUGAUCACAAAGUUUUGUUUUGAAUUUGAAACCUAACCUCAAAAAGUAAAGUAUUUUAAAUGUAAAAUAGUAGUGAAAAUCGAGAAAGCGUCAUUUAUUUUCGAAUAGUUUGAGUGAAAAAUUACAAUGACUCAUACGGCAGGUAGACCCGGAGGAGAAUCGGAUUCAGACCCCGAUGACUAUUACGGUUACUUCGAUGAGCCGCCAAGGAAUCACUUCCAGUACCAACAACACAAUGACAAGAAAAAGCUUGAAAUGGACUUGCAGGAUGCCAUCAUUAAUGGAAGUUUGGCAGAAGUGGAAGAAAUUGUUGCUACCAGAUUAAACAAUAAUGUCAACACUCGUCUGGACAGUGGCUGGACCGCUCUCAUGCAUGCAUGUUUCCAUGCACAGGAUGCUAUUGUUAAAUAUCUAUUGGAAGAAGGGGCUGACCCCAAUUUUCGUUCAGACUCAAUGACACCAAUAAUGACUGUAUGCUCAAACAGUAAUGCCAACAACAAAGUGGUUUAUAACAUAGUGACUAAUCUCUUGGAGAAAAACUGUAAACUAAAUUGUAUGGACAAUUACGGUCAAACUCCACUCAUGAAGGCAGUUGGCUGUGGCAGAGUUGAUAUUGUACAGAAAUUCUUGGAUCUCGGAGUAAAUAUAGAAGUCAGAGAUCUACAAGGAUGGACAGCAUUGUUCUGGGCAGCUCACCACAAUCAACCUCAGAUAUUAGAAAUCCUGAUAGCCCAUGGAGCGAGGAUGUCAGAAGUCGACAAAUACAAUCGCACAGCUUUAGACUUAGCUGAGUUACACGAGUAUAAUGAAGUUGCGGAAAUAUUGAAAAAGCAUCUGCAAAUACCGGAGGAUCAUGAAGAGUCGUUUGAUAUGGAAAUGACCACUUGGCAUGAUUUCUAUCCGGGAAUUAAAAAAGGGAAAAGUCCAGACUAUAAAAGCGAAAUCCCUCACCUGUUAUAUGGUAUGCACCUGGAAAAUUUUACUAAAACUAUUAUGAAGUCUGGCAUGGAUUUAAGGACAUUCCUAUUGCUAGAAGAAAGCGAUAUGGUGAAGUUAGGCAUGGACUUACCAUACGAACGACAAAGAUUGAAGAACGGACUACGUCACUUUCAUAAGAGGAACUGGAAACUUAAAGCUGUAUCUGGUCUUGCUUUGCAGACAACUGAUAAUUUUAGUAUGUUGAACUAUUUGACGUCUUUGGGAUCCCACCUUCAUCAAAUAUACGUACUAGAAACAACCCUCCAGUAUACUCUGCGAGAAUAUAAUAAGAUACAAGAUCAAAUCAAAUUUGAGCCGCCUGAGUCUCCAAUACGUGAAAAAAUGGUCAACGCAGCUAAGAAAAUGCUCUCAAACAUCGACUGUAUUAAACGAGCUUCUGCAAGAGUACGGAUUGUUUUGGAAAAGAUAGCUGAGGAGAACCCGGAGCCUGCAGAUCUGAUCAGAGAGAAGACUAUGCGGGACGUAGUGCUGGGAUACUUCACUGAAGCCGUCGUCGUUGCCUGUAUAGGUAUAAUGGUCUACCAAGCCAGAAACUUUUUCUCACAGUUUUUAAGGAAAUAAAUGUGUGUUGUAUGAGUUUAAAUUCUAGGGGGCUGAUGUAUUAACAUGGUGUUUUAUUUAGGAAAUGUAAAGUUUUCGUUAUGUUCUCUCGUGUUGCUCCCGAAAAUUUUAUACCUAUUAGUAUUAUUGAAAAAUGUCGUUAGUUUUCAACGAAUGCCAAGGUUCAUUUAAGACUGUGUUUUUUGUAAUUGAUCUAAUUAAUAAUGAUUAGAUAAAGUGAACACUACAGCUUGUGCCAUUUUUAUUUUACGGAUUGAAAUACAAAUAAUAAGUAGUGAAAUCUUUUAUUACAUAUCAACAUAGGUACUAUUAGGUACUGAUUGUUAUAAUAAUUAUAAAAAGUACAUUUUUGUUAUAAUGCUGUAACCAAAUUAUUUUUCGCAUUAAGUACAAGUAUUUUAGGUUUCUACUGUUAGCACAAAUGUUUUAAAUAUUGUGUACUUAACUAAUAAACCGACAAACAAGUCUUUAAUUAUAGAUUAUGUUUCAGUUAUUUAUGCGUAAAGAAUAUUACAUCGCUCUAUAUAAACAUAUCUUCGCAAUGUACCUAUAAAUAAGAUUUUUAUACCUAACUCUAUCCAUUAGCGUCUGCCUGCGGUAUUAUUUUUUACCUAUAUUAUGCAUAUCGCACAACAUAAUAAUUCUUAAAAAGCAUGGUAUCGACUGCUCUCUAGUCUUAAACAUUUUGAAUCUCAGUGUAUCAAUAGUUUAGUGACUGUAAAAGUUGGAAGCGGGCGACAUGAGGCUACAGCAGACCACGUGUUGUCGCUUCAUGUCGCCAUUAUCCUGUCACUGCAGUCAUGAUUUCGAACUAUAACAGCGGCACUACUAUACCGCACACUGACGUCAGCCGUUCGACGACGCGUCGCUACCUUGGUUCUAUCGCUAACCACUUGGUACGUCGCCGGUCACUAUCGCUAACCACUUGGUACGUCGCCGGUCACUAUCGCUAACCACAAAGGUAAUUUCAUAGAAACCAGUAGUGUCAUCCGUUGUUGUCUCAUGUUGCCCGCUUCCACCUUGUACCUUAAGACAUGUAAAAAGUCUUGUAAUAUGUCUGUGAUUAGCACAAGUAACAUAGAGUAGCAUUUUUUUACCACAUCUAGUUUGUAGAUAGGAACUCUGAUAUAUAAUUUUGGGUAUUAUGGUAGCUAAAACGAAUAAAUAAAUUAUUAUUGUAUUCAACGAUGAUACGUUUGUGUCUAGUAUAAGUUUUCAGUAUUUCUUUAGUAUAUGAUAAAUGUUAACAACAAAAAUUCUCAUUACAGCAGUACCUACUGCCAAGAAGUUGUUAAUGUUUUUCUAAAAUGUGAUUUAUUAUGUCGGCAUUAAUUUCACCAGUGACUUUUGUAUUUUUGGACGUCCUAUAACAUAUUCGUCUUUGAAUGACAAAUUGUGACAAAGUACAAUUAUUUUAGUUGACUUUCGUGCAGUCCACCAAUCCGUAAAUAACAGUUAGCUCAUGUUUGAAACAUUUUAAUUACAGUUUCUUAUUUUAUCUGGCGAGCUUUAAUCAGGAAAGAAUGUUAAACGUUAGUCGCCGGUCACUACUGCUAUUGAGUCACAGAAACAGUGAGACCAUACAUUUGGGAUAUUAUUUUUAGCUCGUAUUUUGAUUGAUGGUUUAAUUCUUUCAGUAUGUAGGCGGACUUUAUUUAGAACGCAUGUAUUUCAUGGCGAUGAAAUGAGUUACUCUUACCUACUUCAUCAUUGUAUAUCACGUUUAUUCCCGCUAUAAUUCAUGUAUUUCGACGGCCAUCAUGGCACAUCAUACACGCACAUUGAAAAUUAUGAGUGUCACUUGCCAGUCUGCUGGCGGCCUUGUCACUUACAGUUAGAUGCAUUUGGGACUUGGCCGGCAUUAAUUAGAACUCGUUCAUAAUUAAUUGCACGUUAUUUGUAUCCAUUAUUCAUACGUAGGAUGCGGUGUGGGUGCGCUCGCCGAUGCAUUCAUGCGUUGCAUACAACUUUGUUUUGUCAUGAUCUAUACUUACUGUACGAGUACCUUUGUCAGCAGUGCAUAUGCUGCAUAAUCCAGUACCCUCCUAAUGAGUGCAGCUGCAACUUUCUCUAUAAUAAAAUGCUCAAAAUUA